UCUGCUCACAUCCAGUGCACCUUUUCCAUUUGCUCAUACGGCCUGGUCAGGCUGGGAGGAAUCGCUCCCUGCCUUACCCGGGAGAGCGAAGCCACUGAGAACAUCCCGGGCACCAUGCGGCUGCUUCAAGUGACUGCUCUCUUCUUCCUUUUGUCCAACAGUCUAUGCCGCGGUGACAACAGCAAAGCACUGACAGAAACAUCCACAACAAAAGCAUCGGCUACAACACCAGACAUGGUGUCAAUCACAAACAAAUCAACGGGCGGAACACCUCCUAAAGGAAUGACCAACAGUGCAACACCCAAAACACCUUUGAUGCCAGCACUUAAUUCACCGACAACACCAAAACAUGAAACAACAACUCGUGAUGUCAUAAAGAAUGAAGUUUCUACUACAAAAACAACAGUGCCAAAUCCUACCAUUUCGAAUGCUGUUUCAACACUCUCAAGUACCCAGAACAAGACGGAGAAUCAGACUUCAAUCAGGACAACAGAAAUAUCAGUUACCAAUCAACUGCCAGAUGACCAAAGACCAAAGACCACCGAGACGCCCUCUGCAUCGCUAACAACUGCAAAAACCAUCUCACAGAUUCAGGAUACUGAGGAUGGGAAGAUCACAGCCACUACAUCAACCACCCCCUCCUAUUCCAGUGUUAUUUUGCCCGUGGUUAUCGCCCUGAUUGUUAUAACAGUCUUGGUGUUUACUCUGGUGGGCUUGUAUCGAAUAUGCUGGAAAAGAGACCCAGGCACUCCAGAAAGUGGAAAUGAUCAGCCUCAGUCUGAUAAAGAGAGUGUAAAGCUGCUCACCGUUAAGACAAUCUCUCAUGAGUCUGGCGAACACUCUGCACAGGGGAAAGCCAAGAAUUGACAUCGUGAUGGAUCCUCCUUACACCUGGGCAAUAAAUAAGCUUCGUCUUCAGCUUCUAAACUCCAAGGGUGGAGAAAAGAAAGUCCUCAGAACCGAUACAAUUUCCAAUCUUCUCACCAGUCUACGCGAGUUGCCUGUCCCAGCAAAGGAAUGACAUACCUGAUAGAAUCAUAAAGAACUCUGGACAUCUUCUGUGUGAGACGUAGAAAAUCAAACAACUCUAGUUUUCAAGGACUUUUCUAGGAGGAACCGUGAUCCCCCAGCCUGGGCAGGUAGCCUGCUGAGUUUAGACAUGCCUUAGCUGAGUUUAGACUUCCGGGUUUUAUAGCCGAGAUCUGUGGAGACUUGCCUGUUUUCUUUGUGUUCUUAUGUUAGCCAUUGUUGGUAUUUAUUGUUUCCCACUGUGUUAAUGCAUUUUGCAAGUGUGUUAAUAAAUGUUAAGUACAAAUCGUGCCAUGUUUCUCUGUAGAGACAGGUAUGUUAUUCAUGUUUUCAGGUGUUACUUUUAAUAAAUCAUGGCUGUACUCAGCAUGCUAAACAUUG